AUGGCACCGAUUGAUCCACACUCGUUCACCGAUUCAACCCACCCCCUAACAACCCACAUCUCCCUUUCUCUCUACUUCGAUUUCUCCACCUCCACCAUCUCCUCCUCCGCCUUGCUCACUCUAUGCGCUCCACAUACCGGCGAUCUGCUCCUCGACACUCGGUCACUCACCAUAAAAUCGGUCAUCGACCCGAUCAACAAUACCCCACUCCCAUUUUGUCUUUCUUCCGACGUUGACCCCAUAAAGGGCCAACCUUUAACUGUUUCCCCUCACCAACAAUUCGAAAAUCUUGAUUACUUUUGUCACUUCUCCAUCUAG